AUGUGUCAUUGUGUGUCAGAUACAAAUGAACUGUGUCGUUGUGUGUCAGAUACAAAAGGACUGUGUCGCUGUGUGUCAGAUACAAAAGGAAUGUGUCAUUGUGUGUCAGAUACAAAUGAACUGUGUCGUUGUGUGUCUGAUACAAAUGAACUGUGUCGUUGUGUGUCAGAUACAAGAGGACUGUGUCGCUGUGUGUCAGAUACAAAAGGACUGUGUCGUUGUGUUUCUGAUACAGAAGGACUGUGUCGUUGUGUGUCAGAUACAAAAGGACUGUGUCGCUGUGUGUCAGAUACAAAAGGACUGUGUCGCUGUGUCACAGAUAAAAAGAUACUGUAUCGUUGUGUGUCAGACAAAAAGAAAGGACUGUGCGGUUGUGUAUAA